UCUCUGGUAACUAACUAACCAAUUAACUAAUUUACUAACUAAUUUACAGUGUCGAAUUACUUGCUGAACAAGGAAUCGAACCCAAAGUCUCUGGUAACUAAGUAACCAAUUAACUAAUUUACUAACUAAUUUACAGUCUCGAAUUACUUGCUGAACAAGGAAUCGAACCCAAAGUCUCUGGUAACUAACUAACUAAUUUACUAACUAAUUUACUAACUAACUAACUAACUAACGGUGUCGAAUUACUUGCCCAACAAGGAAUCGAACCCAAAGUCUCUGGUAACUAAGUAACCAAUUAACUAAUUUACUAACUAAUUUACGGUGUCGAAUUACUUGCUCAACAAGGAAUGUCUCAUUGAGCUUCACAUACGACGAGCUCUUUGUACUCCCAGUAAACUAUUUUAGCCCCUUCAGUAAAGGUCCCUUUUUUCUAUUAAACUAUUAACAAAAACGGAUAUUAGAUGAGUGUUUUUAUACUCCCUUUACACUGAAAGUUCAGUCUGUUGAAUAUAUAAAAAGCAUAAAUUGCGUCUAUAUUGACUAUUGUGCUAUUUUUGGGACCCAAAAUACAAUGUCGCGUGCCCUUCCAUAUUCUGAAUGCAUUUUUGCACUAAAGACUGCAGUGGCGUGCUGUAGGAUUACGCGCCACAAUGACUUGAACGAUUAACUUAACAUCGUUGCUACGUACUGAUUUGUACAAUCGUUCUUUUCUUCAGUCACGCGUGUGCAUAAACUAUAAUUUCGUUAACAGUAAACAUUUGUAAACAUGCGUUUUCUGACAUAUAUCUGUCUAUUAUCAGGCGAUACACCAGCCUGUGUUAGAGUAGUGGACUGGAACUAUUAGUAUACGAAAGGCUUGCUGGGAAUCGUUAAAAAAUUCAUUAAUUUUUUAGUGAUUCUCAGCAAAUCUUUCGCACUCGUAUUCGACUUUUCCGCUUUGCUCGGAGACAACCUUAAUUGAAAUAGAUGUAUACAAGUACUUGCGGUUAAUUUAAAGCUCGACAACUGCAUGAACUCUAUACCGAGCUCUAACCAACUGAGCUACAGAAAUCGCAAGGCCGCAAGUUCGAUUCCUAGCUCCUGGUUAGGUCUAAAGAAUGUAUAAAAACUCGAAUUUUUACAAUCGAAAUUUCCAUGUACAAAUUUCCAUGUACAGAACCCUUCGAUAACCAUUAGCAUGGUCAGUGGUGUCAAGUAACAAAGUAAAUGUACUUCGUUACUGUACUUGAGUACUAUUUUUGAGAAGUGAACAUGUAACAAAGUAAACUUUUUCUGCAGUACUUUUACUUGGAACGAAGUCAUUUUAAGAAGUAACGUUUUACUUCGUUAUUUUCAUUUUGUGACGAAGUAUUUCCUUACUUUCUAACUUUUGUUUAAUUUUACGUGAUUUAUUUCUGGUUUAUUUUAAUUUCGGGAAAGGUAAUCCGACCUCUACAUGCGUCUGGGAUCUGUCGUUUAUCACUUACUUAUAAAAAAUAUUUAAUGGAUUUCUUAUAUCUUCAACGGGGUAUGGAAAGUAGACCAUGCUGUGAAAUAUUGUAUAUUCGGUGCACGCAUGUAAUGCGUGUGUUGUUUUGUGUCUUUUGUAUGUUAAUCCAUUGGAGAAGUUCCCCUCCCCCUCUACACGCUACAGACAAUAGUAUUUUUACUUUUAAUUUGUACUUCAAGUAUUUUUUAAGGAUACUUUGUACUUUGUACUUAAGUACGUUUUGCUUCCAGUACUUUUUACUCUUACUCAAGUCGUUUUAUUGUUUAUUACUUUUACUUUUACUCGAGUACAAAUUCAAAGUAAUUUAGGCACCACUGAGCAUGGUAUAUAUACAUGUACCUAAUGUAAUCAGUUGCCAUCAGUGGAGAGAGCUAAAUAGUAUCUGUUUCUCAAUGUUAUAUAUAUUCGAGAUUAAUUACUCAUCGCCUUGUGAUGUUUAUUUAAGCAUUUCAGAUAUACGCACCAAAGCUGGGACACUGUGUUCGAAAUGUUGGAGGUCUUGCAGUGUACCUGCUCGAAUGCAAGUCCACAGACCCCCUAGAUCGUUGGAUAUGGACAGACCAUGAACAAUUAUCGCAUUUAAGAAUGGGUAGCUGUCUUAGUCGCAAGGUCGAUGGUACUGUUCAAUUGCAAUUUUGUGACUCUCGUGUUAAGUCCCAAAAAUGGUAUUGUGAUAAAGAUAAACUUGUAUCAAGAUAUGAUAACAGUGUUUUGCAUCUGCGUUCUGACCAAGCUGUUGCCUUGACCACAAUUCAAAGCAGUACCGAAAAUGACACAGUCAGGCUAUAUUCUAACAAGAAAUCAGUAUGCAGUGAAAAAGGUAAUUUUUAACGCCCAUCAUCACAAACUUUUUCUGUUGUUAGGAACAAUUUUGACCCUAAAAUGUUUUGGAACCUAGCUUAUACAUAUUUAUUGCAUUUUUGACGAUUAUGUUAUACGUAUUUCUUGUAGUUGUUACUAUUAUCUUACAUAUUUUUUGUAUUUUCGACUAUUAAAUUUAUUUCCCCCAUCUUUUUGUCCGUUUACAAUUUGCCCAACUUCAAUUUUGCUCUCAUUCUUUAAUAUUAGGUGGCUCACCUCUUGUUUUGAGGCAGAUGCUUUGGAAUAAGCAUAAGUCUUUCUUUGUUUGUGAUUUAAAUUCAAGAAGGUAUAAUGAAACUUGGCCUAUUCAUAUUUUUUGCUAAAGAAGUUAGAAACUAAAUUCCUUUAAUUCUUGAAAUUUUGGAGUAUUCUUUAUUUUAGCGAGGAAACAGUAAAUCAUUGUAUGUAUACAAAAGAUGACGGAAACACGUGGCAAGGUAUGCUCUAUUUAACAAAUAGAUAAGAUUUUGCGGUUGUCUGUUCAGUUAUAUGGAUACACAGUAUGACGUCAUAAUGUGUGGCUAUAACUGAACAGAUAACGGCAAAAUCUUAUCUAUUUGUUUUAUAUAAUAAAAAGAAAAACCUCAAAUUAAACAGGUAAAUAGCUUACUUUUUAACCACCCAAACAUUUGGAAAUUUGAAAAAGUCGAAAUUUUACAAAUAUCACGCGUACAUGAUCUAUACAAAUAAGAGAAUGCUAUUGGCUACCUUAAUUGUGACGUAAUUCCGUGCGUCUGUCCUCUAAUAGAUCAUGGCUCUCGACCAAUGAAUUCUUGAAUUAUUAACGUUACUAUUAUAUAUGAAUACUUUUAAUCUUUAAAUUAUAUGGAUGGAUGAUCCGUCUGAUCUGGCUUAGGAAAAAAACUUGAAAUAAAUAAAUCGUUCCUCUGACAAUCCACAGAAACAAACGGAAAGGGAUCAUAAUUGUUCAUUCAUCCGUCAAUAAUCUGUGUAGUACUUCUGCACAGAGGAACUUGCGUCGUCUUUGGUCUCCUGAAAGAAUCUUUAAAAGCAAGGCAGUCAUGGUUUGUUCUUUUUCCAUGCGGUAUAGUUCGUGCUAUGCUAAAUUUCAUCAAUUAAUUAGUAUAACCCAUGAAAUCAUAGUUUAUUAUUUAUAAAUUUGAGUCUGUUUUUGUAAUACAACAUCUGUAGUUUCACAGCUUUCCAUACAAGGUCGAGGUAUCGCUUUCCGGUGGACAUAACUAUACACGCUUCAAACAACCCGAUCCUGGUGUAUUAAAUUGAUAUUAUAAUUUCUUCUUUUUGUGACAGAUUUGAACGUUCAAGUGUUUAAUCUUCUGGGAAUUUCGCAACACCUGGUCAAACUUUAUGGUGUAACAUUUGGUCAAAAGAAUGCUUUAAAAUGUUAUCAUUACGGCUAUUCUAUUUGUCACAAUAUUUUGAAAUCAGAAUGGGAGAAAAUCAAGAGAAAUGAUACACUUAUGGAGCUUCCUGUUAAUAUCCCAUUUAUUCCAUUUGGAGAAACUCCAGACUCGGAAAUACCUACAGAGGAAAUGACUUUGCGUUCUUCUAGUGGAAUGCCAGAAUGGGGAGGUAGAUAUACUACAAAUUUAAUUACUGUAAUUUUUCUAGUUACCUCGUCCUCCCUCCACACCCAAGCUAUAAUUUCAGGCAUUUUAGGGGGCUAUUGGAGGGUGGGGAGGGGAGGGGAGGGGAGGGGAGUUACUAACGUGAACAUAAAUAGGCUUAAGUAGGACGGCAACGCAACGACAACGGCAGAAUAAAAUCAUUCAAAUAAACGCUUGUAAAGAACGUUUGUAGACUAUUGUUGAUCGUAUCAAUUUAUGUCGAAACGUUUAUCCAAGACGUAAAAGUCUGUAGUUUCCCGUUGUAAACCGUGUAUGACAUCUCAAAUUCCCGUGGGAUAUUUAUUAUUCAUUUAUUUUCUUAAAUAUUAUGAAUCUCAAUGUAUGAAUAGCCGUCGUCUUCACGUUGCCGUUUCACAUCGUGAGGACGUAUACUGCAGUAUAUACACAAAAGUUACAUCAAAAUAGUGACAAUUCUUUUGAGCUUUAAUUUAUAUUGGGCGACGGUGGCAACUCUUUAGGGACGAGGUAUUUUAAACUAUACAGAUCUACUGCUCAUGUUUUAUUACAAAUUACCUCUUGGUAAACCAUAUAAUAUGGUAUAUAUGUAAAAUAUAUAAUAUGGUUUCAUAAAAAGUAAAAAGCCCAAAUUGGACGUUGUUUGAUUAUAAUGAUUGAAAACCAGGCACUAACUAAAUCAUGUAUAAUAUGAUAGUGUUUAAAUAUAUGAUUAUGAAAUCUAUAAAGCCUACGUGUAACAUUGCAUUUCGUCAGAUUAAAGCAGGAACUUGACAUUUUGACAUUUUAUAGCGUCAUCAGCUGGUAUUCAUAGAUAUGUGACCGGGAGAUGGAAUCUGGUGUUAUCCUGGAGUAAACUUGGAACACGUUAUGGUAAGGUUCGCGAAUUAAAGUAUUACUGCAACAUUUUUUGUCAGUUAAUCCAAUUUGUGUGGUGAUUUGUUGCCCCAUAAAACAGCCGCUGCAAAAUUGUCUUUCGAAGUAUUCGUUCAUGUUGUUGUUUUUUAAAUCAACCAAAUGGAAGCACGUAUAUCUUCUUCUCCCGCUGAAAACCCGAGCAGUUUUCGCGCAUGCUCAGACAAUAUUACUACCUGUUUAUUGGACGCAGAUUGGACGUCAGUUCCAGUCCCUUUCUAUUGUUUUUGUCCGCGCGGUUAACACGAAACUGGCUUCACUUCACUCGGCUCCAGUUCUAUAUGGAGCUCACUGCUCACAACAUGAUAUGCUCUCGUCCAAUAAGAUACAAGAAAACAUACAUGACACGGUAAAUAAUAAUUACAAAUAGUGGACAAUUUCAUAUGAGUCACGAUUUAGGAACAGUUACUAAUUUUAGACUUUUAGGUUUAAGAUUAGGGUUUGGGUUAGAGAAAGAGUUAGGAUUUGGGCUAGGUUUAAGAUUAGGGUUAGGGUUAGGAUUAGAGUAAGGGUUAUGGUUAGGUUUGGGAUAGGGUUAAGUUCAAAACAAAAAGGAAUACAAAAUUACAAUUUAGUCUCAAAAUAGUAACUCUUCCUAAAACUUGACAUUACAGGUAUCAACAAUUUAGUCAUCUUGAUAACUGUCACUCAUUUCAAUGAUGUCUGUAAUGGACUUUAUAUUUCUUAAUACCAACCUUUUUACAUUACAUUAAAACAUUCAUUAAUAAUUCACGAGGAAAAUACAAAAGAAAUUAAUGUUUAAAUUAAUCAAUGUUUGUAAAUCGGAUAAAGACAAAUCCUGAUUUACAUAAACUUCAGCUUUGAUUUUCUCGGCUUAGACAAUGUGUAUUUUUAAAAUUACUUCGCCAAUGAACUCAUAAGAUGGGUCAUUUUUUUAAGUACGAUAAAAGAUUCGCAUCCGAUCUGUAUCUGACAUACAAACUUUCGCCUUCGGCUCGAGUUUGUAUAUCAGAUACAGAUCGGCUGCUCAUGUUUUAUCUAGUACUUAUAAAACAAUUUAGUGUUCGCUAUUUCGACAAGAGACCACUCCCUUCACUCCCUGUUAACUUGUACAAUGUUUAGCAUCAUAUUACUUAUUUAAUUAUUCUAACAAACUUCAUAACAAAAUCCACCUUGCCUUGCCCACUACCAUUUGCGAAACCCACAUGCAUAAAUUGCUAUAAGCUUAUUAUAUUCGAGGGAGAAAGAAUUGACCAACGUGUCGUCAUAUAGAUGUGUUUAUAUACAGGUACAGGCUUAUAUUUCUAAAUAUAUGAUAUAUGUAUAUUUUAGCACGCCCAGGAUCGUGUAAACAAAUAUUGGCAUUUGGUCAAUCAUCUGGUGAUGGUAUUUACACAAUUUACCCUGCACAUCCAUUGCUUGGUAUUCAAGCGUACUGUGACAUGACUCGAGAUGGUGGCAGUUGGACACUUCUUGUGACAGCUAAAACACCUUAUUGGGAUAUCUCGCAGGUUGGGAUGCUGUUAUUGUUUGUUGUUGUCGUUGUUGUAAUUGCUAUUGCUUAUUUAUACAGACUAUUGGGCGGAGGUAUAGUAUAUGACUGAUCUUUUCUUGCUGCUUCAUAGUUAGUGUCUGGUGAAUGGUGAUCGUUUUGUUUUUCUUGUACAAGCUGAAUUUCAAACGACACGUCAACCCAUAAUAUGCAAACAGUUCGGGUGUUUAAGCCUGGGAAGCGAUGUUAGUCUAUUGUUAGUCUGACAUGUAUACUUGUUGGUCUACAAGUCAGUCAUUUGCUGGUAGUUAUAAAUGAAAACUGUAAAGUUGCCAAUUGAUGAGUCAGACAGAUUGCAAACAAAGUAACAUAAGAGGUAGAAAUUUUUAUUAACUAAACAUCAACUGAUACAGCAGCUCCUACACGAACCAGUUCUUACACUUCCUAUAUUCUUACCAAUAAUUAGACAGAGUAUCAAUACUCGACUUUGUUAACUUCUCAUAGGUAUCAUACAUAGCGCAUUGAAAACACGCUCCCAAGAACAAUACGUCGUAUAAGCAUUAGCGAACGUGUAUUGUAACUUGUAAUUAUAAGUUCUAUUAUCCGAAGUGGCGAAGUGGCGAAGUUUUAGUCCAGCAAUCUUUUGGUUGCGAGUCAAAGUUCCGUGUAAGACUCGAAUUAUUUCCUGAGAUUUAUCAGCAUGUACAAAUAAAACGAACAUAUUACUUUAUCACAGGUUUUUGAAAACACACCCAAAGAACCAUCCACAUCCAAAGAUCACUCUAUACUUAAACAUGCUGACGACAUCAAAACUCAAAGUGGGGAAGAAUGUUUCGAAUAUCGUUUGGAAGCUAAGGAGUUUGGUCAAUAUGGAGGAAUAUGGCGUGCACCAAAAUCGUACACUUUUCUGGCUCGGAAUAACUCCCAAACCGAUGUGCAACUUGUGAAGAAAUUUGGUAACUGGGAGUACAAUUUUACAACUAUUGAGAAACGUAUGCCUUGGAUUUGUCAGGAGGAUUACUGCGGUGGUAUCCUUACUUCGUCAGCGCAUAAUCCGUAUUAUUACGGAUCAAUUUUAUCUGGUCAUUCCUACAAAGGUUUGCCAUAUGGUUUGCCCGCUCCUUGGAUGAGAGAAGAACAAGCUAGUCCAGGAAUUAUUUGGUAUUGGAUGAGAGAAGGUUGGUUAGAAUUGUAAUUAAGCAUGUCAAUGUCAUAUUGACUAUAAAGCCCCACCAAACUCUGAAACAUUAGCUGAAUUCAUAUUAGAAGACGGAUUUCUGUCUUAGACGGGAAACUCGUGUGACGGAUUUCCGUCUGGUAUGAAACGAAAACCAUCGGACGGAUAAACGCGAAAAAAUAGGAGACCCUCCAUCCCAGUCUCUUUUCAACGUUGCGAGCUGAAACCCGUCUUGAUUUAUUCGUCUGAUAUAAAUUUAAGACGAGUUUCCCGUCUAGGACGAGAAACUCGUCUAACUUUCCCGUCGUUCAAACGGGAAAGUUGGACGGAAAAGUUGACACCGAAAACCCGUCGUAAAUCGAAUUUAUAUCUGGACGAGUUUCUAGUCUUAGAUGAGUUUUCCAUCUCAGACGGAAAUCGUCUUCUAAUAUGAAUUCAGCUAUUAUUGCAUGUAGAAACAUUUGAAAAUUCCCAUAUUUCUUCGGAUAGUUCCAAUUUGAAAGUUGUCGUUUCCUGGAACGUUUACCGUUUGCCUACCCUAUUAGAAAAUAGUUCAUGCCGUUUUCUGGAUGCCUAUAAACCCUUGGAAAAAUUGUCGCGGAAACAAACUUUGCUUCUACACGAGGAAAAAGUACCCCAUAAAAUUAGAAACAUAUUUUGUUUUAUAUAUCUCAUAUAUAGUUUACAACUGUUAUAUUUGUUGCGCCGAGAAGUAAUGUUUCCUAAUCGAUAUGAAAAUCUUUUAUGUAAAUUCUAACACUGCAAUGUGGACAAUGGAAAAUUCUUUGUCUCCAUCUUGGUUGCGGAAAAAAAAUAUCCAUCCGAACUGGCAUGAACGCACUGACUUAAUACUAGUGAUUAAGUUAUAGGUCAUUGGAUAAACGUCUUGGGACGAGUCAAUUUAAGUUGCUUUAAGUACUAUUUAAAAAACGAGCAGGAGUGUUUUAUUAGGUUUAAAGCCACGACCUAAUAAAACACGACCUGCGAGUUUUUUAAAUGGCUUCAAAAACGUUUGCAUAAUAAGUCAAAUCUGAAUAUUAAUUGUAAACAAUAGAUACGUUCAGGUAAUAGAUUUCAGAUAUGAAAAAUCUUUAUAUAAAAAUCUUUAUAUAAAAAUCUUUAUGUAAAAAUCUUUAUGUAAAAAUCUUUAUAUAGUUUGCAUAACAAUCGUCUUUUGUAUUAUUGCAUAAUAAAGUGUUCUUUAGCUGGUAUAAAGACGUAUGCACGUGACUAAUUUCUUACUCAAGAUUGGAUUAUUGCUUCAUGAAUUAUUAAUGAUUUUUGAAGGUGAUUCAUCAGUUUUGCAUUGCGCACUUUUACUGCGCACAUCUAAUAACAAAUUCUAGCUAAUAUAUGUAGUCGAACUGCAAUGUCAAGUGACACAGAAAGAGUAUAAGGACAAAGAGAAAAACACUCUGCAUUGAUUAGGCGUGCUUCUAGAAAUAUAUACUUUCAAAAAUGACAGAACUCUGGCGUAGGGCUCCCUGUGCAACUAACACCAAACCACAUCAUGUUGCAUGUUUAACCCUUCUACCUUUUUAAGAAGCUAGGUCCGUGACCCUACUUUUUAUUAUAUAUUUUUGUCUUUUUAUAUCAGAAAAUAAGAGAAAAAUCAUUUCUACAACUUAUAAUAUUUUACAUUUUUCGCUCAGUUCCAAAAAUAAGAUUUCUGAGAAGAUGAGAAAAGACAUCUUUGCACCACGACAAUGCACGUUAAUUAUAGUUUUUUGAUUCGCUAAAAUACCAUGUUUUCUUCUAUAUAAUCACUAGAUGGUAGACAUUUUUAGUAGGAUCCUUGUUAAAAAAAUCCAAUAACGGUUGAGCAAUUGCGAUUGUUCCUAUAACUCGUAAAAGGGUCAAGAUGGGGCCAUAUGGAAGGGGGGGGGGGGGAUAUUGCACUUGUCAUGUCUUCGAAAUUAACUUUUUUAUGCUUCUACUAUGAGCAUAUCAUAAACUCCACCCCUGGGAAGUUUCAGCAAAUUCUCAUUUCCAGAACAAUUACUAAUGAAUCACUUUAAUAAUUAAUUAAAGAGAUUCGGUACAAUAAUUUGAUUCACUCAGAUAUUCUACGAUGGCUUACACUUGAGAGCAUUGGAUCUCUUCGUUGGCUGGUGUUUAUGGGAUUUUCGAUUAUUAAAUGUCGCCUAUUUUUAGGUGGAUGCUGA